AUGAACCUGCAUCCCCCACCAGUAUUUCUGCCUUCCCCUGGCAAACCGCCCAUUCCUUGGGAGGAGUGGAUGCAGCUCUUCACGACCUACAUGGAAGCCUGCGGUGGAACGGGAUAUGCAUCUACACUCUCCUCGACCGUCGAUGAGACGGAAGACGUGUAUGCUGCCGCGGUGCAGAGCCUACAGCAUCCAGGUGAAUCGAUUGAUGAAUUUAUUACGGGGCUGCGGACCCUGAGUGCGAACUGCAAGUUCGAGGUCAUGGCUGAGGACAUCAUUUGUGACCACUUUUUGGAAAAGACAUCGAGUCAGGUUGUCAGGGAUCGCCUUCUACUAGAGCCCGACCUGACCUUGGACACUGCUCUGGCAAUUGCAAACGUCUACCAUGAGAAGUUAUCUCAUGACUACUCUAAAGCAAUCAUCUCCACGGAAGGGGUAUUCUCUGCUACAGUAUGUUUCGGCAACAGGACUGCCACUUGUAGAUUUCAUGAGGUGCGCAAAGGUGCUGCCAUUGCUGGCAUGGAUAUGUUGCGCGCCUUGGACAUCGCCAUUGUACCUGCUCAGCAGCGUUGCCGGAAAGUGUCGGCUACACCUGCAGUACAGGUACCUCCGUGCCUGACGAAAUACCCUACUCUUUUAUCCGAGGAAUUGAGACUAGCGAAGCGUUACAGACACAAAGUAACGAUAAGGACAUCGCUAGAACCGGUACAGCAAAAACUUCGCCGCCUUCCGUUGGAGUUUCCUCAAAUAGUCUCGGAGGAACUGCAGGAGCUGGAGCGGUCGGACAUUAUAGAACGCGUAGAUGCCUCUGAAUGGGUGUCCCCAAUUGUAGCUGUCUGGAAGAAGACUGGAGAGCUCAGAUUAUGCGUGGACCUCAGAAAGCCAAAUACAGCCAUCGUCAUUGAUAGCCACCCCUUGCCUCACAUGAAGGACAUCUUUCAUCACCUUGCUGGCGCUUCGUACUUUUCAAAACUGGACCUCUCUUCCGCGUAUCAUCAGAUGGAGCUUGCAGAAGAAAGUCGUAAUUUAACUGCGUUCAUUAUUCACGACGGCCUCUUUCGCUACAAGCGUGUAUGCUUUGGGUUGGCAUCAGCGGCUGCUGCAUUCCAGAAAAUGUUGGCGAUGGUCCUAAAGGGUUUAAAAGGUGUUCUUCACUACCUCGAUGAUAUCUUGGUAUACGGUACUACAAUGGGGGAGCACAACCUUAGAUUGCAUCGGGUGCUCUUCGCCCUGGAUGCCGCUGGGCUGAGGUUGAACAAGAAUAAAUCUGUCUUUGCCACACGCCAGUUACAGUUUCUGGGACAUUCUUUAUCGCCGGAUGGGAUGAGUCCGCUGUAG